AAUGUAAGACCGGACACUAUAAAACUCUUAGAGGAAAGGAAGCUGGCAGCAGAGCGCCCAUUCCUGGAGGAGAUGCGAGGGCGAGGAGAGAACCUGAACGUGGAGGUGGAGGGGGUACAGACCGCACAGAAGGUGACUGGCAAGAGCUGGCAAGGCUCCUCCCUCCCAUUCUUCGCCCCGCUGGGGCUACAGGGAUCCAUAAACCACAAGGAGGCUGUUACCAUCCCCAAGGGCUGCGUCCUGGCAUUUCGAGUGAGACAGCUGAUGGUCAAAGGCAAAGAUGAGUGGGAUAUUCCACCCAUCUGCAAUGAUGACAUGCAAACCUUCCCUCCCGGAGAAGAGCCAGAAGAGGAGAAGCUCACCUUUAUCCAGGCAUCUGAUGUUGGGGAGGUACACGAGGACUUCAGGACCCUAAAAGAAGAGGUAAAAAGGGAGACCCCGGAAGUGGAGAGGCUGAGCCCAGAAGGGAAGAGCUCCCUGCUCAGCUCCCUCAGCAAACUCUUAGGGAAGAAAAAGGAGCUGGAAGACCUGGAGCUCACGCUUGAAGGAGCUCUAGACAAAGGACAUGAAGUAACCCUGGAGGCACUCCCAAAAGAUGUCCUACUCUCAAAGGAGGCUAUGGGUGCCGUCCUCUAUUUCCUUGGAGCUCUAACAGAGUUAAGUGAAGCCCAACAGAAGCUGCUGGCACAAUCCAUGGAGAAAAAGAUCUUACCUUUGCAGCUAAAGCUGGUGAGAAAAAAUGGCAGCACAAUGGAACAGAAUUUCCGCCAGGAUAAAGAGGGUGUUUUCCCCCUGCAACCUGAGCUGCUUUCCUCUCUUGGGGAAGAGGAACUGACCCUCACAGAGGCCCUAGUGGGGCUGAGUGGCCUGGAAGUGCAGAGAUCAGGCCCCCAGUACACAUGGGACGCAGACACCCUUCCCCGCCUCUGUGCCCUUUAUGCUGGCCUCUCCCUCCUGCAGCUACUGACCAAGGCCUCCUAA